AUGUUUCAAUCGAAGUCCUUAUCUGAACGAACGCUCUCUUCUGUGAUUUCUUCUCCAAUGGCAAGCAAGCAGCUAGUAAUGGAAGACGACAACCCCUUUCUUCCCGACGAUAUCAUCAUUAACAUUCUCAAAAGACUUCCGGUAAAAUCCCUAAUCCGAUUUCAAUGCGUGUCCAAAGAUUGGAAAAAUCUUAUCAAGACUCCGUUUUUCAUCCAAGACCACCUCCACCACUCCAACCAUCAAAACCCUUCCCUUCUCCUCCAACCUGACCGUCCCAGGAAUAGUCUUCGUGAUAUACACGUCGCUGUACUGGGUUGCGAAAAGCGAGUCCUUGAUAUUCAAGAACCACCUUUGAUUGAUUCGUCGUUGGAUAAUGGACUUGUGGUCGUGGGUUCCUGCAAUGGCUUGGUUCUUGCUAGAAUAGUUGAGCGUGGUACAUCUUUUCCCUUGUGGCUAAAGAAAAAUGGUUUACCUCCUCCUUCAGUUUCCCUUUUAUUAUGGAAUCCAGCAAUUAGAGAGGUCAAGAAGGUGCCCAGAAAUAUUAAUGAUUAUGACGGUCUUUACCUUUUAGUAUUUGGGUUCAGUCCGAUUGAUAAUGAUUACAAGAUAAUGAGAAUUACUGUUUGUGAGCUUCAUUUUGUGGUUAAUUCAGUGGAGGUGUAUUCAUUAAACUCUGGGUCAUGGAAGAAGGUAGGAUUUGGAAAUCUAGAGGGUGUAGGUUUUGGUAACCUGCGUAAUGUAACUGUUAAUGGGGUUAUGUUUUUUGUUGGUAGAAAGGAUGAUUUUAAUGAUCAGGUAGUAUCAUUUGACCUGACAAAUGAAGUGUUCACAUUGAUACCAAUGCCUGAUUUAGGUUGUGCUUAUAUCAGAAGGCUUACUGUGUAUGAGAACAAAAUUGGUGUGAUUGCUGACUCUGUUGGAAAGGAUAAAUCUCAUUUCAUUCGUUUGUGGGUGAUGGAGGAGGAUACAUGUGUGUCAGGGAAGACAUGGAAUUGGACUAGAAUACAUGCUAGCAAACACUGUUCUCUGCCUCGCGAGUUAAAUCCAAUGACUAUUUGGAGGAAUGAAAUUGUGUUCCAUCCUCUAUAUCAGAUUGAGAAUGAUGUUGAAACAAAUAAAUUUUAUCUGCUUAAUAUUGCUACUGAUGAGUUUGAGAAGUUUUCUAUCAGCUGCGGCUAUAUCAGUAAGAUUUUUAAUUACGUGGAAAGCCUUGUAUCAGUCAGCAACAUUGAUGUUGAAGAACCUUGA